AUGCCUGAUGCGGGAUGGGUCAAGAUGACUGCCUCGGAGCGGGAGCUGGCCCAGCGCUGGUACUCCGAUUGGAAGCCUCCGUCCGCAAUCGCGGAGCUGCUGGGUCGUGACUCCUCUACCCUCACUCGCCUGCUCUGCAUGCAGAAGGUGGCCCAGAAGCAAGGCAGGCCCGCUGCGCUCACAAACGCGCAGGUGGACAUGCUGGAGCGCCGCCUGGACGAGCUGAUCGUGAAGGCCGAUGGCCAGUCCACCAUCACUGUGGACAAGCUGCGGAAAGCCACCAAGGUGAAGGCAAGCACGCAGACCAUUCUGGCCGCGUUGCACAAGCGGAACAUCUACUUCCGCAAGUUGCGCGAGAAGCCAGUCCUCACCCCAGCCGAUGUGAAGGCCCGGCUCGCGUUUGCCAAGAAGUACCGGGGCAAGUCCAAAACAUGGUGGCUGCGCAACAUCCACGCCUUCAUUGACGGCAAGUACUUCCAGGUCUACCUCACCGGCAAGGAGAGAGCCCGAGCGGCGACCCAUGGCACCUUCGGCGCCUACCGCCGUCCUGGCAAGGGCCUCUGCGCAGGCUAUGUCAAGCCGAAGGCAGGGAGCCUGCGGCACAACACGGGCGCCAAAGGUGUGCUUCUCCAGGUUGGCAUUGGUGGAGGGCAUGUUGUCACUGUGCAUGAGGUCAAGGCGCGCUGGAAUGGGCAGGCUGCGGUCACCUUCUACAAGGCUCUGCGUAGCGGCUUGUCCAAGACGUGGCCCGCGAAGCGGAAGUACACAGUGCUGGAGGACAACGACCCGACCGGCUACAAGUCUGCCAAGGGUGUUGCGGCCAAGGUUGAAGAGGGCAUCUCCGUCUUCGAAAUCCCCAAACGCAGCCCCGACCUGUCCCUGCUCGACUACGCAGUCUGGAAGGAGGUCAACAAGCGUCUGCGCCGGCAGGAGAAAUCCUGGCCCAAAAAGAAGCGGGAGGGGCGGCCGGCUUAUGUUGCGCGCUUGAAGCGCACCAUCCGCAACCUCUCGAAGGACUUCCUGGUGAAGAGCAUCGGGGACAUGGUUCGUCGCUGCCAGAGGCUCUAUGAAGCUAAGGGGCAUUUCUUCGAGGAGGGAGGUUCUGGACGCUAG